AUUAUGUCAAAUCAGCUUCAAUCAGUCACGGUUUGACGUUGAGAGUGAACAUAAGCUGCGCUACACUGAUUUCUAUUGGAUAGAGUGAAUCGAACGAAUUUCGCAUAAGUGCCUGCGUACUGAUUAUUUAUCCACUACUAAAAAUGUGCAGCCUCAAGGACAGUAGACCAGGAGUGGCACUUGUAACUGGCGCCUCCUCUGGUAUUGGAGCGCAAAUUUCAGUGUUUCUCGCUAAUAAAGGAAUAACCGUUUUAGGAUUGGCGCGACGGGUGGCAUUAGUUGAAAAUUUGAAUGCGCAUGUAUUAGGCGGUGGUAGAAUAAUCCCUUGCCACUGUGAUCUAACCAGCGAGGACAGCAUAUUUCUUGCAUUUGAAUAUUUACGGAACUCCUUUCCGCCACUUACAAUACUCGUAUGCAAUGCGGGCAUACUGAAGUCGAAUUUUCUAGCAGAAUCACCUGGCCAGGACAUAAAAGAAUUAUUCGAUGUUAAUGUCGUAGGUACUUCCAUAUGCCUACGUGAGGGUCUGAAGUUAUUACGCGAAACUAAAACGAAGGGUCACUUUAUUGUAAUGAACAGCAUCCUUGGGCACCAUAUACCGAGCCUACCGGUGCCGUUAUUUAGCGCUUACCCAGCAACGAAGCACGCCAUCACAGCGCUGUGCCAAACAGUGCGCCAGGAAAUUAAAUAUUUCAAGUUAAAUAUUAAAUUAACGAGUAUAAGUCCUGGAUUGGUCGAUACGGAUCUGUUGAAUGUUUACUCUGACGAUAUUAUCAACUAUCCAAAACUUACAGCCGCAGAUGUUGCCAAUGCGGUUAUGUUUGCAUUAAACACACCAAAUUAUGUGCAGGUGGAAGAAAUCAUUAUCAAAGCUAUGAACCGCUAUAAUGAAUAAAAUCAUGACUUUCAUAAGAUCAAAUGGUAGAGAAGCUUUCCUUUGAGGGUCAUCAGCGAAAUUGUAUGCAAACAUAUAAAACAAUUUUUAAACAAAAUAAUUUAUCUAAUUUAAUUAACUUUUUUAAGAAUAAAAAGAAACUUUUCGCGGUUAUUUUCUGAAAUGUUAUAAAAAAGCAUAGUUUUAAGCAAAUAUUCAUAUAUCUUAGUACAAUCAAGUUCAUAAAAGCAAUAUACAUAUAAUUAGCGGCAUAAAUUCUUGACACAAUUCCAAAAAUACUAUUUUGCGAGGCCUUCAAAAUAGUGCCUGUAUAUUUUCGCAGUUCUAUGUGAUUUUUUGUUAUUUGUUUCAUUUUAAUAUUAUUGUAGCUAGAAAUAUAUUUGCGUAUGUUCUAUGAACUAGUCUAGUAAAACUGCUAUGGAUUAGUUAACUUGAUAUUUUUCUAUUUUUUAAUAAAAUGUGUUAUGGUUUUGUGCAACAAAUAAAGUUUUAAAAAAGCAUCGAA